AUGUGGGGGCAGCUUGUACGUUCACUUUCACCCAGCUCACUGAUAGCACCACGGUGUAGUACGAACAAUUACUUGUCCAAAGGUGUGUUCUUUACUUCUCGCGUUACAAUGUCCUUGGAGGAGGCAAAGAGAUGUGCCGCGUACAAGGCGGUCGAUGAGUACGUGAAGGACAACACCGUCGUGGGAGUCGGAUCGGGCUCCACCGUGGUUUAUGCGGUGCAUCGUAUAGCGGAGCGUGUGAAGGCAGAAGGCCUGAAGCUGAUUUGUAUUCCGACGAGCUUCCAAGCCCGGCAGCUUAUCAUCGAGCAUGGCUUGAUUUUGGGUGAUUUGGAGUGCAAUCCUCGGCUGGACUGUGCUAUCGAUGGGGCGGACGAAGUUGACGCCAACAUGGUUCUUAUCAAGGGUGGGGGCGGAUGUUUGCUACAGGAAAAAAUCGUAGCAUCCUGUGCCGAGCGGCUAGUAAUCAUUGCGGAUUACACAAAGGACUCCGCGAAGCUUGGCCAGCAGUAUCGUAAAGGCAUCCCAUUAGAAGUAGCUCCGAUGGCUUAUGUGCCGAUUAAGAACAGAGUGGAGUUGCGCUUUGGUGGCAGUUUGAAGCUACGAAUGGCGGUAGCAAAGGCAGGCCCCGUUGUCACUGACAACGGGAAUUUCAUUUUGGAUUGGAGCUUCCCCGACGAUAAGGAGUAUGAUUGGAAUGCUGUUAAUCGGGAGAUCAUGAUGAUUCCAGGUGUUGUAGAUACAGGGUUGUUUGUUGACAUGGCAACGAAGGCCUACUUUGGGCAGAAGGACGGAACAGUGACGGAACGAAGCGGCUAA